AGAGGAGCAGCCAGUCCCAGGUGACCAGGCUAGUGCCACGCGAUGGGGGGUCUGAGGCCCUGGGCCCAGUAUGGGCUCCUAGUUGUGGCCCACCUGUUGGCCCUGGGGCUCGGGGCUGUGGUGUUCCAGGCCUUGGAGGGUCCCCCAGCACUGCAGCUCCAGACCCAGCUCAAGGCUGAGCUGGCUACCUUCCAGGCAGAGUAUGGGGCCUGCCUGCCACCCAGGGCACUAGAGGAGCUGCUGGGCGUGGCCCUGAGAGCACAGGCCCAUGGAGUCUCCAGUCUGGGCAACAACUCAGAGGCCAGCAACUGGGAUCUGCCCUCAGCCUUGCUCUUCACUGCCAGCAUCCUCACCACCACGGGUUAUGGCCACAUGGCCCCACUAUCGGCAGGUGGAAAGGCCUUCUGUGUGGCUUAUGCAUCCCUGGGGCUGCCAGCCUCCCUAGUUCUUGUGGCCACCCUGCGCCACCGCCUGCUGCCUGUGCUCAGCUGCCCCGGUACCUGGGUAGCAGUCCGCUGGCAAUUGGCACCAGCACAGGCUGCACUGCUGCAGGCAGCAGGACUGGGCCUGCUGGUGGCCAGCAUCUUUGUGCUGCUGCCAGCACUGGUGCUGUGGGGUUUGCAGGGUGACUGCAGCCUACUGGAGGCCAUCUACUUCUGCUUCGGCUCACUCAGCACCAUCGGGCUGGGGGACUUGCUGCCCAGCCAAGGCCGUGGCCUGCAUCCAGCGAUUUACCACCUUGGCCAGCUUGCACUUCUUGGUUACUUGCUCUUCGGGCUCCUGGCCAUGCUGCUGGCAGUGGAGACCUUCUCAGAGCUGCCACAGGUCCGGGCCAUGGUGACGUUCUUUGGGUCCAGUGGCUCUAUGACCCCUGAGGACCAAGGCAGCAUCCUGGGCCAGGAUGAGCUGUCUCUGAGCACCCUGCCUCCAGAUGCCCCAGCUGCAGGACAGGCACCAGCCUGCUGACAGGUGUCAGGUGACCAAGUUCAGCUCCUUCAAGGUGGAAGAUCCUGAGGAGAUGCCAGGGGUGCUUGGGGAAGAAUCCGGAGAUGGGGGUGGGUGAGUGCAAGAACUUCAUGGAAAAACGUGUUAAAAAAUUAAAUGGCCAACAACUCCUUCAUUUUUGGCCUUCUUUCAAGAUGGGACUUCACUGCAGCCAUCAUUCUUGAGAGGCCGACCGAGGUCAUGCCUCGCUGUGUUGGAGUUCCCAACAUUAUCGCCCUGAACCCCUUUUCUGUUUGUCAAAGCCCAAAAUGUUCAG